AUGCACCGGGUCCUGGAUCUCUGGAGCCAAUUGGAGCCCGGACACGUGGCAGAGCUGAGGCAGCAGCUUCAGAGUGAGAACCUGGAGAGACUGGGAGUGGGUGACUUCACCUUCCGGUGGCGCAUGGCAGAGUAUUCCAACGAGCUGCUACUGCUGACAGCUGGGGUGGCGGCAUUGGCUCGGCAAAGUGGGGGGGCGGUGGGGGGGCAGGUGCAGCAGGUGCUGAGAGCGCAUGCGAGGAGGAAGGAGAAGAGGGAGAAGGCCGUGGGGAAGGCAGAGGCGGAUGAAGUUAUGAGGUUCCUGCGAGACCAUCUGGGGCCAACGGGCAUUCUGAAGCGCGAGAUGGAGGCACUGGAUGAAGCCAUUGCCAGCACGUCAUCUGAGGGCGAUGCAUACUCGUUUGAGGAUACGCGGCCCACACAGUCGUACCCCGAGGAAUACUUUGUCACCCAGGGGCAGAAGGUGCAGCAGCUGCAGAGGAGCUCCCUAUGGUCGCACAGCCUUGAGAGAAUGGCCAAGACCCUGGCUGUGGCGGUCGGCAUUCUUUGGCAGCAUCUGAGGGAGGUGUAUGGGUGGCCGGACCCCAUAGGGCCAGACGACCUGGAGGGCACAGUGGGGCAGGCGGGGCUGCCCAUGCUGUACGCGCGUGUGCUAGCUGCUGUCAGUCAGUUGGCUGUUACCAUGCCUGGGACCCCUGCUUUCACAGACAAGAGGAAGGACCUCUAUCUCAUGCUCCCCACAUUCAUUCGCCACCAGCUGCACUCCCGCCUGCGUGUGUCCCGGCGGCGCCCCCUGGACGAGGUGCUGCUGGGGGAGCUGCGCCAGCUGGCAGCGCAGAUGUUCUGCUGGCUCAUGCCCUUCAGCCAGGCCACGCUGCAGUGGGUCAAUGACCGUUCCCACAGUGCAAGAGUGGCGGGGCGGCAGAGAGUGCUUCUGGUGCAGACCCUCCAUUUCGCCAACAAGGAUCGGCAAACCCACGCCGACAUUGCAGCAGCUGCCAUUGCAGCCGUCGACGCUGCAGCUGCUGGGUCAGCCGGUACCUCCCCCACUCCGCCCAAGCCCACAGCAGCAGGCAAGCCCCCGGCGCGCAGGCGGGGGCGGCACUCGCGCUCUCUCUCCAUGUCCGAUAUCAUGCCCGCUCCCUCCUCCCUUGCAUGGCUCGUUGAUGACUCUGCUGCUGCUGGCAACGGUGCAGCAGCAGGUGGAGGGGCAGGAGGAGGGGGGAUGGGAGGAGGGGCGGAUAGUCUGCCCAAGUUUCUGGAGGAGUUGGCGCAGCAUGGGUUUGUGGUGUCGGCGUUUGACCGCAGCGAAGGCCGUGUGCUGCACCAAGCGGCACCGCUCUCCACCGCUCUCACCGCUCUCACACACCCCUCCUCUACCUCCUCCUCCUCGCUCUUCCACAACCCUCCCGGCCGUCUGUUCUCUACAGACGGGCCGGGUAGUGGUGGUAGUGGAGAAGAGGGGAAAAGGGGAGGGAAGGAGGGUGGGAAUGACAAGGAUAUGUCGCCUCUUGACCGGCUGUUGGCUCGCAUGCCCCCUCCCCGGCGGUUACAAAGAUCCACCACCCCGCCUGGUAACCGCAUCGAGAGAGCUAUGUCACCAAAGCCGGACAGACAGCGGGAGAGGGGGGGUGAUGUGACUGUAAAGAGGGGGAGUGCAGCGAAUGGGACUGGUGGGGUUGGUGACGGGGGGAGUGUGACUGUCGGGAUCAUGGCUAAUCUCUAA